UCAUCGCUUUUUCGCACUUCUUCCACCCACACCUGCCCUAGGGAAGAGCUUUUCCCACUCAUCCUCUGCGAUCACCACCGGCAGAUCCAUUUGGAUAUACUAUCUCCGAGUGAUUUCCCAAAUAAUUGUGAUCUGUGCUCAAAUUUCCACCCUAAAAUCCCAGUGAUUUUCACCAUCUCUCCCUUCGUUCGCGAGGAAUUAACCAUGAAAGUUAUAAUCGGAUUACUGGCCAUCGCCUCGAUCGCAUCUGCCCAAAUCCGCGGAAUCGUGCCGAGUCGAGAUGCCAACGCCGUCAUCUUGAAGCACAUCUAUGAACCAAAUCCCGAUGGCUCGUACGUGUACAGUUACGAAACCAGCAACGGCAUCCGCGCCGACCAGCAAGGCUUCCUCAAGAAUCCCGGCACUCCCGUCGAGGCGCAGGUCAUGCAAGGCUCCUACUCCUACACGGGCCCAGACGGCGUCGUCUACACCGUGAAGUACAUCGCCGAUGAGAAUGGCUUCAGAGCAGAAGGAGCGCAUCUCCCAGUUCCGCCACCUCCGCUCCGGAACGUCCCCAGAUUCGGUUCUCGUGCUGAAAAGUUGCUUUCGAAACUUACCGAAAUGAAAGUGUUGGUUUUGCUGUGCGCUCUCUUCCUUGGGUGCUUCCUCUUCGUCAGUUCGUAUCCACUGGAGGAAGUCAACAGCGGAAAUGCAGUGCCUGAAGGUCAAGAUUGGCUGCUUGAAGCACUUCAAGACGAGGAUACGAAUCUUCGCUUGAAAAGAUCACCUUAUGGAUAUGGAGGUAAAGAUUUACUUUCAAAUGCUUCAAUGAGGACAUCAUCACCACCAUCACCACGGCCACCAUCAUCAUGGGCAUCAUCAUCAUCAUGGGCACCAUCAUCACCAUGGAUGGGGCCAUCAUCGUGGACAUCAUCAUCACCAUCACCACCAUCAUGGAUACUACGGAUAGAGAGUUUUUCUAUUAUCGUGGUCGUUGUGGCCCUCGUGGCGCUCGUGAGCGCACAAGAGCAGCAGGACACCAACAGACAGGCUGACGAGACUCAGGAAGUCGCCGUCCAGCAGGAUGCUAGUGACGAACAGGCGCGCAAGGCUCGUGGAAUCGGCUUCGGGGGCGGCGUUGGACUUUAUGCUGGCGUCGGAAUCGGUGGAUUCGGACACGGAGGAUAUGGAGGACACUACGGAGGGUACGGCCGGCCAUACGGAUACGGAGGAUAUGGAGGAUAUGGCGGAUAUGGCCAUCACGGUCACGGAUAUGGUGGAUAUGGCCAUCACGGCGGUUAUGGUGGACAUUACGGAGGAUAUCACGGUGGUCACUAUGGAGGAUACCAUGGCGGAUAUGGUCACGGAUACGGAGGACAUCAUGGCGGUUACGGUCACGGAUACGGAGGACAUCAUGGCGGUUACGGUCACGGCCACGGUUUCUUCUAA